AUGCGCCUGGCUGCUGAAUCUUCUCUUGUCUUCUUUGUAUCACACUUUUACUUUGAACGUUUUUUUUCUUUUGUGAUGGUUGCUUACACACUUGAUACGCUGUUUGCGUCAGACAUAGACAGUGCGACUUUGUUUUAUUCAGAAGGUUGUGGCCCCAUUCGCCUUGUGGCCCUGUCAGCACAGAUGCGGCGCUUAGUGCGUCUCGGGCCUAUUCGCGUCGCGAAGGCGUGCGUUGAAGUGCGGCCAAUGGCACCCACAAAAGAAUUUUUUGAGGAAGGCCGUCAGUUGCAGCACAUUGAGGCUGCUGGCGUUGGUGAUUUCCCCGAUAGUGAACGCAGCGGUGACACCUUUGUCAAUCCAUUCACAGGACGCCUUACGCCAACUUGGGGGCGUGUGGCGAAGGAACUUUUCUCCCUUGGGUUUGAACACAGCAUUGUGAACCCCUUUCGGCUUGUUUGGAAUCCCACGAAAGCUGCACUGGUAAGCGACGCUGCACUGCAACCGUUCCGGACUUCAACGGUAACGUGGCGAAGAAACCUCGCAGCACUACUGUCCCGGAGAGAUGCUGCGGAUGCGGUGGGGGAAGAGAUCCAUCGUCUGUACAAUGAAAUCACAAGCGCGUAUUUACCACCCAAAUUGGAUACCAUGCAUGACCCUCGUCUGUCGACGAUGACAAUGACACCCGAUCAGCAAAAUGUUAUUAGGUGUGCUCUCCGCGGGUACAGCAUGUUCAUUGGUGGAAGUGCCGGAACAGGUAAAACGGUGCUGCUAAAGGCAAUUCACAGAAAACUUACUGAGAUGGGAUUGCGAGUGGCCAUGACAGCAACGACGGGCGUCGCGUCCGUACAGUUAGGUGGCUGCACGUUUCAUCUGGCAUUUGGUGUACCCAUCAAGGGGGAAGAGGGAACAAGGAAACGAUGGGACUCCAAUGCGUUUCGUGCAGUGGAUGUGGUGAUUAUUGAUGAGGUUUCGUUACUGGACGCAGAACUGUUUGAAACCUUUGAGGAAGAGGCCCGAAUGGCUCGAUUGCAACAGUCGCCGUUUGGUGGGCUUCAGGUGAUCGCGUGUGGAGAUUUUCUGCAGCUUGCAAUGAUGGACGUAAGCAUUGGUGGCCCGUGCUAUCAAAGUCAUGCCUUUCGACAUCUUAUUCCCGUCUGUUUAGUUACUUCAAUGCGCCAAGCGCAGGGCGAUCCAUUCUGCGAGUUGCUAGGGCAGCUGCGUGUGGGCAAGUUUGACAAGAAAGCCUUCAAAGCAUUGGAUCGUCCCGUAAGUGGGGACGCAAACAAUGUUACGUACAUAUUCCCAAGGCGCUGUGAUGCACAGAGGUUGAACGAUGAGAAACUGUGCGAGUUGCGAAGCGAAGAAAUGAUAUUUGCUCCACAGCGGGGUCCCCUUCAGCUGGUUGGGAAUUUCACUCCAGCUGGUCUGGUAGACUGGGGACGGAAAAAGGACUUUCCCAAGCGUGAAAAGAUCAUUACAGUACUUUCUGAGGAAAUCAAAAGAAUUACCGGAGUGGACAUUGUGGACCAUAAUAUUGUAGUGAUGCCCGCCGGUGGGGAGAAGAACGCGGUUCUCAUUCGUCUCCGCCACUCAGAAGAUAGAAAUGUGCUGAUAUGCAAGAAUGGCGGGUCCAAAGAACACGGUGCUAGCAAUGAAGGGGGCGCUGAAGAGAGUCAUUGGAGAGCUAUAUUAGAAGCAACUGCUGGGCGACUCAAGGGAAAGCUUCAUCAGAUUUACAAUCAGGAUCCGCACAACUUUAUUCCUCCAAGUGUGUCUUUAAUGCUUGCCGAUGCUUCUUUGCAUCCCAAUGCCGAACUCAUCUCACCACUUCGACUAAAGCUUGGCUGCCGCGUAAUGAUUAACAGAAACCUCUCACGAACUGUAUCCAAUGGUAGUGUAGGUAUUGUAGAGGCGUUUGCUGCACCCAACUUGGAUCUAUUUCCCCGCCGCCAUGAGACAUCACCAAAAGCAUUCCACACUUGGUCUUUGGAGAGGAAUGGAUUCCAGCGACUGCCUAUUGUCCGUCUACUCAGUGGUGAAGUGGUGCAGCUCCCACCUCUUUCUGUCAUGAUUGGUGGCACUCCAUCGACUUAUUUUUACGGUCAUGAACUGUUCGUGCUCCCACUGCAGUUAGGUUACGGCUUCACAGUACACAAAGUCCAGGGGCUAACACUUGAGGGAACUGUGGUCCUGGAUUGUAAGAAAUUUUUCGAGUGCCCACAUCUCGUCUACGUGGCCUGCUCCCGCGUACGUUCUAUGGACCAACUGAUCGUCAGGAACGUGCGGAGUGAUAUGAUUAUUGUUCGACAAAGUGCUUUGGACUUCACAAAUGCACUGAGGGAUGCGUCUGUGAUGUCAAGCCUCGAUCCGCCGGAUGGCUGCACCCGAGCCUCUUGGGUGCGCCGUCUCAGUCCGUUACUUGUUGGUUUGACGGACUGA